AUGAGUGUGCUGUCUACUGGGAGCUCGGAAAUGCUGUCAAGGGAGGAAUUGCUCCAUCUCUUUGAUCGGUUCGCCUUCCUUACCUCUCAGCCUGACGUGAAGAAAAGAAUUGCAGAUGGGGUUAAGGAUAAACAGGAAGCUGUAGCUGUGACCACUGCCAUCCAAGAAGAGAUAUUUCUGGAAAUGGGUAUUGAUCCAAGGUUUGGCUUAUUGUGCCUGGGAAAGGUGAAUAUAAACUAUGAAAAUGAUCAGGAUAUGAUGAUUCGCUUCUACAAGUUCAUUGCAAGGGAAGAGAUGGCCUGUGAUGAAGCCGAGCUUGGUGCAGAUGAGUUUGCUGAAAGGAUGCAGCUAGAUUCAAGAAAACAGAUGCAGGAGCAGCAACUGGAGAUGCUAAAGCACAUGCGCAGAUUUCCCCUGGAUGAUCAAUCUGCAAUCCUUGAGAAGUUGCGCCAGCCGAUGGAAAUUGCCGACUUUGAGGAUGCUGCAUCAGAAUUGUCAUCGGAGCAGAUUCAGGAGAUUGUUCGAAGGCGGGUGUCACGGGUUUAUUUAACCCCAAGUAUUAUGCAUCAUUUAUCCAAUGUAGCUGGGUCAUCCUGGCCCCUUAUUCCGGUGGUGGUUGUUUGUACUUUGUUGUAG